AUGGCGCACAGCUGCUUGCAGUCGGUCGGGAAACGGUCGCCCGAGCGCGCCGAGCUGCCGCGCGACGACAACAGUAGUGGCCCCAGCACAAGAGCAGUGCCCUUGCAACCAGCCAGUACCCUCCAACCAGCCACAAGAGGGAGCCUCGGGUUGGACCUGGCAAUAGAAGCUCCAACGACAUUAAUCGACCGUCGACCGCAACGAAUCCCUACAACUACGCGUGGACCGAUAAUAAUAAACGGCGAGCCACAAGGUGCCCUGCUCAUCGGUCGCUCUUCUAGCGGAUUGAAAGGACUUUGUGUACUACCUGGUGUCAUCGAUGCUGACUUUCAGGGACAAAUUUUGAUUAUAGCACAAACAAUGUUCCCGCCUCUCCACAUACCGGCAGGAAGUAGAAUAGCCCAAUUGGUGCCCUUGCCACAACUCACUAAGGAAAUGAAGCCUAUAUCAAUCAAGGAUAGAGGAGAAGAAGGCUUCGGCUCUACCGGAGGGUUUGCUAUGUUGACUAUGGCUAUGAAUCGUCGACCCAUAACGGCUGUUACACUGAUUUACGGACAAGAUCGGAUAACUAUGGAUAUGUUACUGGACACGGGGGCGGAUUUGACAAUAGUCAAUAAAAAUCGCUGGCCUUCUCGGUGGCCUAUGCAACCAUCCUCCCGUGGGGUAGAGGGGGUUGGUGGUGCCAUGGCAGUAUGUCGUAGUCAACGCCCUGUGCGGAUGGUAAUAGACGGCCGCUCUGCGACUGUCACUGUCACGGUCAUGGCACUACCCCCGGGAGCGGUCACUGCUUCAUGGAAAUUCCUGAUUCCACUGCAGUGGAUAACCGACAGGCCGGUGUGGAUCGAGCAGUGGCCGCUGAAAAGGGAAAGUCUGUCGGCAGCACAUGAACUGGUACAGGAACAAUUUCGACAGGGACAUCUGCAGUUGUCAACGAGCCCCUGGAACACCCCCAUAUUUGUGAUCAAGAAAAAGUCAGGUAAAAAUAGGCUGCUGCAUGACCUUCGUGCAGUCAAUGCACAAAUGCAGCCCAUGGGGGCACUGCAGCCUGGCCUGCCAAACCCAGCCAUGCUACCGGAAAAAUGGCAUCUUCUUAUUAUAGAUCUAAAGGACUGUUUUUAUACUAUCCGUUUACAUCCUCAGGACAGUCAACGUUUUGCUUUUACUCUGCCAUCUAUUAACAAGGAGGCGCCCGCUCAGCGAUUUGAGUGGGUAGUCCUUCCCCAAGGUAUGAAGAAUAGUCCCACACUCUGUCAACUAUUCGUGGACGAUGCCCUACGACCCGUUCGAUCCGCCUGGGCCGAUGCGAUAAUCUAUCACUACAUGGACGAUAUCCUGAUUGCACAAGAGCUUCCCUUUACAAUGUCGCAGCUGACGUUUUUGGACAAAACAUUAAAGGAACGGGGUCUGGUGAUCACCCAGGAGAAAAUACAACAGAAACCACCCUGGCAGUACCUAGGGUGGCAAAUCACAGACUCUCAGGUUCGCCCACAAAAAUGGCAAAAUGAGCGGCUCAAUCUGGUCACGGACUCUUUAUAUGUCGCUGGAAUUGUUACGCGAAUAGAGGGGGCGAGGGUUUGGGAUGUCAAAAAUCCGCGGUUGAAUGAGCUCUUACGCAGGUUGCAAACCGCUUUGCAACAACGGUUGUGCCCGUAUGCUGUGAUACACAUCAGGAGUCACCUGUGGACUCAGGGUCUGGGCGAGGGUAAUCACAGGGUUGAUCAAUUGGUGGCCACAGCUGUGCCCCUUAGUGAUUUCGUUAAGGCUAGGGAAGUCCAUCACAUGUUCCACCAGAAUGCUAAGGGCCUUAAAAGUCAAUUCAAUGUAACAAUGGAAGAGGCUAGGGGAAUCGUGCGCGCCUGCCCCGAGUGCAGCCAUCAUGGACCGGGGUUGGGCAUUGGGGUAAAUCCGCGUGGUCAAGGCCCUUGUGAGCUCUGGCAAAUGGAUGUUACCCAUGUCCCGGAGUUUGGCCGCUUGAAGUACCUUCAUGUCACUAUUGACACAUUCAGUCACUUCAUAUGGGCAACUCCCCAGGCAGGAGAAAAGGCGGUCCAUGUAAUCCGUCACUUGACGGCCUGCUUUGCUGUAAUGGGAGUGCCAAACAAACUGAAAACAGAUAACGGGCCUGCUUAUAUAAGUGAAAAAUUAAGAAAGUUUUACCAAUUGUGGGGUAUCAGUCAUACCACAGGUAUUCCCCAUUCACCUACUGGUCAGGCCAUUGUGGAAAGGGCUAACCAGACUCUAAAACGGUACCUACAGAAAUUCCAGGACAUCAGGGACAUUCAGGAGAGGGUGUUAAAGGUUUUAUUUGUAUUGAAUUAUCUCUGUGUUUUUGGGGAAUCGGAAGAAGUACCAGUCAAAAAACAUUCAGGAACAUCCAACAGAAGUAAUCCCCAGGAAAUGAAGGUUUACUACCGAGAUCCGUGCACGGGAAAAUGGGAGGGCCCAGUUGAGGUACAAUUUAUAGGAAGAGGAUAUAUGUGUGUUAUUACCCCCUCAGGAUCACAGUGGGUUCCAGCCCGGUGGACAAGGCCGGCCAUCGGGCGAUCGCCAAAAGCCGACAACAACAGCAAUGAAGAAUCUCCAGUUAGUAACAGCUCUGAUAUGGGGCCUGCUGAUGCUGUGUCCACCCAGCCUAGGUUUCCUUGCACGGACCGUCUUUGA